CGGCCUUCCAAGCAAUACACGCAGAUGUGCCCUGUGCUCAGUCUGGGGAACACCUAUCGACAGAGUCAGCAUGCUGAGGUAUCUCUUGGUACUGAUUCUUCUGGGCAUUUCCUGCCGUGGAGAAAAUGCUCCAGACCCAGAGAAUCCAAUCGCCGAGCCGCACAUCGCAAAAGAGGACUUCGUUGCCGACCGCAGGGACUUCAGGAAACUCCUCGAGGACAUGCUCUCGUUCUUCUGGGACACAAAGGACCAGUACAACGAAGCCAUGAACCGGGAGGCGGAGCACGACGCCCAAUCGCCCAGGGAAACCAACGAGUGCCCGGAGAAGAUCGAAAAUGCGUCUUGCGAUCACCACCAGGCGGAGCCGAUGGGUGGAUGCUGCGUCGACUAUGGGAAUCUUUGUCAGCUAAAACACGGAGGCAAAUGCUUUGAGUCAUGGAAGUACAACAAUCUGUUAUGCAACAUGAUGGUCCAAGGCAUUUGUGGCAAUAGCUCGAGCUGCUAUUGUUGCAUAGACUGCGACGCGCGAAACUCGUCAGUGUGUGCACAAACUGGUGGAAAAUGUAUGAAGCGAUGUGGGUUGACCAUGCGGGAAGUUAGUACUUCUUGCCACAGUCCCUUGUGCAGUUGCUGCGUGUCCUGCAACAAAGGUCAGUGCGAAGGAACAUGCCUGGGCAGGGAAUCCGACUGCAAGAGUGGUUAUUACAUGGAACCACACAAAUGCAUAGAGGACGAUUGUGUGUGCUGCAUCCCGUGCUCAGUUACAGCAAAAUGCCUAGCGAAAAAGGGGUAUCCUGAGAGAAAUACGGCAGACUGUAAGGACGGUUAUGAAGCCAAUGCUGCCGAGGCGGGUCCGGGAUGCGUCUGCUGCCAGCCCACGGAUGAUACGAAAAAGUGCAAAGUGAAGGGCAUUGUUGGCACCGAGAACCAAACCAUGAACUCAUUCUGUAGUGACACGGAAUGCCCUCCAAACUACCAUCAGUUUACAAACGGCUGCGAACCAUCGAAUGAAGGGUGCAGAUACUGCGUCCCUGGCUUCGGCAAGUGCAAGCUGAACGAAAAUUGUGAAAAGGCUGGAGGAUAUUGUUCACAAGGACCUUGUAAGGCCGGGUUCUACGUGGACGGGGACGCAGCUGCUUGCUCCAGCGCGGAUGAUACCCCAUGUCACUGCUGCAAACCUGACUGCGCUCGUUACAGCUGAGUUCAGUGGAUGGAACCGGAGUAGGAUUUGCUGCAGACGAAAAAG